AUCUGUUUAUAUUGGCUGGGCUAUGGCUUCCGUAGUUGCUUUGGUGGUUACCGGUGUACUGCCAAAUGUCUUGUGGUUUGCAACAUACAGAUUUUCCUUGUCUUCUGCAGUGUGUGUUGGAAUAUUCACAGAUAUUAGGAAAAGCCUUGGGUGGUGGAGUGAUCCCUGUAAGUGCAGUUCUUGCAGACAAAUAUGUGAUGCUCUGUAUCCGACCUGGAGAGCAUGGAAGGUUUGCAGUUAUAACUGUUCACGACCUCUAUCUUAUUUCAGAGAAAGUAAUUUAAGUAGUGGCUUUAUUAUUCAGGAACUUGUUGAUAUUGAUUCUAAUCAUUACUAGCUAAUGCACAUUUAUGGCUCCUAAAACCAAAAAUAAAUAUCAGUUGUGACUUUGCCUCAAUGUAUUUUAUAAGAUGUUAAUAGAGAGAGAACCAUAUCACCACCAAAAAAUCUUUAUGAAAAAGUGUAAGUA